AUUACAGCCAGCUUUAAAUGCAGUUGGAACUACAAGGAGUGUCUGGCGACGCCUUCCACGCACUGCUCGACUAUAUGUACUCUGGAAAACUGCACCUGACCUGCCAAAACAUCGGGAAGCUGUACGUUACCGCUAGCAUCCUCAAAAUAGCCAGCGUCAAGAAGAAGUGUGCAAGGAUCCUGACCAAGUCUCCGUACGACCCAAAGCACGCGGUGUACGUCUACGUUACGGCGCGCAAGUACGGCUUGGCGUCGGUGUGCAAGCGGGCCCUGAAGCUGCUGCACCACCGACUGGAAGAGACGGUCACGUGCAAGCCGUUCCUCGACCUGGACGUCAACCAGGUGUGCGAGGUGCUCUCGGGCAACACCGUUGGCGCCAGAGGUGAGAUGGUGAUGUUCUUGGCGGCCCUGCACUGGCUCAACCACAACUACCUGGAGAACGAGCCGUACGUGCUGAAGGUGAUGCAGUGUGUCCGCUUCGGCACCAUGAGCAUCGAGGAGCUGCUGUGCUGCCUGCACCCGCCGCUCCUGCCCGGCAUCAUGGAGGUGCACGAGGUGCGCGCCCACAUCCUGGCUGCCCUCUGCUACAAGGUUGCGGCUAUGUACAACCAGCAGCACCUAUUCCCUGCGCCACAGCUCAAGGCACGGUACUUCAAGCUGGAUGGACCAAUCACGCUGUGGGACCUCAACUUAUUCAGCACAAUCAAGAAUCCGCCCGUAGCAGCGCCUCCUGCCGCGUAUCCGAAGUACCUCAACGAUGCCAGCGCCAACAUCCUUCGGAAAGCACCGCCGCUCACCUUACAGUUUCCAUCUCAGCGGGAACCCGUGUUCCACGGCGAUCCCUUGGCCGACUACCUGCUCCGCAACCGGGCCGAGAUCCCGCUGUCGGCGUGGAGCGACGACCCGUACGAGGGCCUCGGCGCCUGCAGCUCGGGAGCGCACGCACGCGACCCGCGCUCGCCGGUUUUGCUCGUCGUGGGUGGUUUCGACCCGGACGCACCAGGCGACACCGCCGUCGGUACCAAGAUUCUUCGGUAUCACAUUGAAAAGAAUGUCUGGGAAAAGUUAGACAGUUUCCCGAUGCCCCGGCAUCACCACUGUGCUGUGCUGCAUCGAGACAAACUGUACAUCACAGGAGGCUACGAUAACUACCAGACGACACAGUCGAAUCUGGAGCCGACCAGCGUGUGCUUCUUGUACGAUCUCACAAAGAAGCUAUGGCAGCCGCUACCCAACAUGGCGCGCAGCAGGGCGUACCACGCCGCUGCCUGCUUCGACGGCACGCUCUUCGUAGUCGGGGGCAGGAGCUCAAACGGAGAGAUCCUCUCCUCGGUGGAGGCGUUGUGCCUGGAAGAACGGCGCCAGUGGCAGGAGUUGCCGUGCCGCCUGUGCAGGCCUCGCAUGGCGGCAGGCAGCACGCAGAUGGGCGGCCACCUCUGGCUCGCCGGCGGGCUCACCGACUCCCGAGCGGGACUCGUAGUCAUCUCGGACGUCGACUGCUUCGACCCGAGCAGCUGCGAGUUCUGCUUCCACGUGAGCUUCCUUCCGACUCCCCGAUGCUUCUUCUCGUUGGUGGCGGUGGAAGGCAAGCUGUUCGCGCUGGGCGGCUGCUCGGUAAAGGACAACGAGCUGGACAGCCUGGGAGACGUAUGGUCGUGCCUGGAUCACUGCUGGGAGCGGAGGGGCACCUUCGACCAGGGAUAUCACGACGUGGGCACCGUCGCCUACGGCGACAGCGUCUACAUGGUGGGCGGCCUGUCGUCGGACACCAAGUCGGGCAUCCGUGCCGUCUCCUGCUACCGCACCACGCUCAACACCUUCACGCCCAGCCUGGCCCCCUUGCCCCGCGCGCUGUGCGGAGCCGCCGUGGUCGCGCUGCCUCCCAUGGAACUCGGAGUGGCCGACUCCACUGGCGGGGACUGCAAGCGUUGGACGGCCAACCCCCGGACCGGCGGUGGGGGCUCCGACGUCGAGAGCGAGUCCUUCCCCCACGUGGGCCGAUGCACACGGGUGGCACCUGUGACGGACUCCGGGCGCAGCUCGUCUGCCGGUUCUCCGCCUCCACGCCGCGCACGGCCCGGACCACCGCCCAACCAGGGGGACCCCUGGGUCACGUGGCGCCGUUCGAGCGCAGAACGCCCGUCGUCGAUCGUCAGUGAACCCACCGCCGCCGCAGCGCUGGCUGAACGAGCACAGCAAACCCAGCAGUCGCCACCGCGCUGCGCCCAUUCCGAGUACAGAAGACUCGAGGCCAACAAGUAGGCUCCCGACCGUGGUUCCACGUGUAUGCCACGCUAUAGUGCGUCGCUGAAUGGCAUUCUCCUUUAUUUUACUUUUUUUCUGUUAGCCCUUCUGUGAUUGCUCGGGAGUGAGCACGAAAACCAAACUACAGGAGUGGUGGAGUGUUCAAUUCAAUAAACAACGUGUGCAGCACUG